AUCACAUGUGGAAACCAUGCCAACAUACCUGACGCUAUUGAAUGAAUGAGAGAAAAAGGGAGCCGAAAUUUUAAACAAAUUCUCUAAUAACCAAGAAUUGUGACAUGGACCUGUCAAUCCGAGGGGGGCCGACCCCUCGCCAAGCUCGUGUCUCAAGUGCAAAGGGGAAGAAGCCAAGCAAGACAAGCGGAUCGUUAUACGACACACCUGAAGCACCGAGGCAAGGAGCUAGACCUCCUGCUGGCAAACCACCAAGAUAUGAGGGUGGUGUGGUGACGCAAUCUCAGGUAGAUCAGUACAAAAGACCAAAGAGCCGUGGUCCCAAACCAGACAAUGUACCAUCUCUAGACCUUGCUCGGCUUGCUGACUAUGAUAUCACAGCAUCAAAACCGAUCUUGGACUACAAAGAGAAGAUUUCAACUCCAGAUACAGCCAGUACUGUCAGCUGGGGAUACCAUGACUACAACUCUAAACCCUCUGGACGAAACAGCUCCCUCAAAGCUCCCUUUGCACUCCACCACACCCCUCAGACGCCCCUCUCUGGUCAGAGUGUGUCCUGCCGGCCAGCCAAUGUUCCUAAGCUCAAUAUAGCAGACAAACAGAAACAAAAAGCAAAGACAGCAUGGGAUGACCCUGCUGUUCCAGAUAAUAUCCCCCCUCCCUCUGAAAGGCAGAAGAAGCAGUUCAAACAGAACCAGACUGAAGUGAAGCAGCAGUACAAACAGCAGCAAUCACAAGGGGGUGCUGGAAACCAAGUGAAACAGCAAGAGCCAAAACCAGAACCAGAGGUGGAGCUAGCUGAAGAUGAACCUUUAAACACAAACUGGAAUAAUGCAUCUCUAAGCACUAGACAGGAGGUCAACAAGAGGAUAGCAGCAGAGUCUGUGGCAGCAGAGAGAAUGAAGCAGCAUAUCAUGGAAACAGUACUUGUAGAUCAGCUAUCAAGAGCUCCAAUCAGUGACCCAGAACAAGACCAGGUAUCAACACCAGCCUCCAGUCAUCGAUACUACUCACAGUCUCCUAAACCUCGUAAUCUACAUGCUACAAAGGCUAAUCCUACCAACUCAGUGACGGAGAAGAUGCUCGCCAAACGUCUGAGUUUCAGCUGUAGAGUGGUGUCAAGGAGCGGGAACAUGGCUCUCAGAGAACUCUGUGGUUUCUACUUUGCUCUAGAUAAGACUAUGACCAUCUAUGAAUUCAGACAGUUUGGUAAAAAAGCUUCAGCUUUACCGUUCAUCAAGAGAGACACCUACAGGAGAAUGAUUGGAAGAAGAAAAGGGCUUCUAUACACAGCACAGGACUUAACAAGGGGUGAAGAUCUUAGUUUUGAGACGGAGGACCAGCCCUCUCUUCCAGAGUGUCUUCAGAAGAAACCAGUCGCUGUUCUCAGAGUCACUGAUGUAGAUGAAGAUAUGAAGAAAGACUUUAUCUUUGGAGACAAUGUUCCUUACAAUGAUGUAGCAGUGAGGAAGGGUAUGCACCCACAGAGGGCUAGGCAAGAAGCAGAGGACUGGAAACUCAUUUCUAAUGUACAAAAUGAAGUUCACAAGCAGAUCAAAAGCCGAGCAUCUCGGACAUUAACAGGUCUCGGGAAACACUUCAAGAAGCUUGAUAAAUCAGGAGACGGCACACUGGAUAAAGAUGAGCUCCAGGAAGCACUGAAGACCUAUCACAUCAAGCUUGAUAAAAAGCUCUUUGAUCAGCUGUGGUUGAUAAUCGACCAGAAUGGAGACGGAGCGAUAGAUUACAGUGAGUUCUGCAGAGCAUUCAUUGGAGAAAUGAAUGAAUUCAGAAAACAUUUUGUUAUCAAGGCUUUUAAGAAGAUAGAUGCAAACAAGUCAGGAACUGUCGGCAUUGAUGAAGUCAAGAAGUUCUUCCGUGCUCACAAGCAUCCACUUGUUAUAUCAGGCAAAUCAACAGAGCAGCAAGUACUGAACGAUUUCUUGGAUGUGUUUGGACCUCGUGUGAAGGAGAUAUCAUAUGGAGAGUUUGAAGAUUAUUACGAGGGCGUGAGCAUAGCUACAAAGAGUGAUGAUGACUUCAUGAACUUAAUACAAGGAUGCUGGACAUUGUAAGCAAGUGCAGAGUUACAAAGAUACUCUAAAACAAUUACUUAUAAUUUCAAGCCAGAAUUCAUCAGCAAUUGCUUGCCUUGUCACCUUCAAACUUGCCCCACUCGCUCUUCAUCUUCUGUAUGGUUGACUGGGCCUCACUCCAAGAAGCGUGCUGGAGACGUUGCUUUCCCUUCGGUUGCUGCAAGGUUGUGGAACAAGCUACUCACCACCCUGAAGACUGCUACAUCUGUGGACCAGCUCAAGAAACUUGAAGGUCAUUUCAUAAAACAGCAUGGAUUUCUGUGUUUUCAAUUGGCUCAGCUGGUCAUUUUGAAGAGUUUUAUCGUUGUUUUAACAGCCCUUAUACCACUUUGUGGAGCGAAUUAUGAAUUUUGAAUAGAGAGGGGAUCAUCUGGCAGCGUUUAUCGUGGGUAUAUGUGGAGCUCUGUGUGUCGACCCCAAGCCGGAUGCUUUCUACAAAAUAAUUAAUUAAUUCCUUUGUAAGACUUUUGAGUUAUGUAAAAAUCGAAAAGCCAUUGAUUGCUAUCUUGGUUAAGUAGAAGGAACCUUCCAGUUUCUCACAUUGUUAACAUAUUUAAGACUGAACAAAUUAUAUGCCAUGGUUCCUUUAUGCCUGUGCUUCCUAUCAAUUAUGGUUUCCUUUCUAUUUGUACACUGCUACUUUCUCUGUAUAAUGUUCCCAUAAAAACAAGUAGAAAUAUCUCUACAUGGUCAAACAGUAACUAUAGUUAAGUCAAAGUGGAAAUCUUAAAAGUUUGA